UUGGGGACGUAUCGGGAACACUGUGGGGAAAUACACCAAGGUGUCAAGAUUUCGGGGGGAAGGAAUAGCGGGGUUUGGACAACAAUUGACUUGGAUGGUGACUCGCGGACCGGCAUAAUGAGCAAACAUGACAUGUAUGCAGAGAUGGACAAGAAGGGGGGCCAGAUGGACGUCAAAAUCAAGAAGAAGGAGAAGAAGAAGGAGAGAAUGGCCAACAUGAAGAAGGAGAUGGACAUUGAUGACCAUGAAAUCACGCUUGAGGAACUAGAAAUGAAGUAUACCACCAGCAUAACCAAGGGGCUCACCACCAAUUUUGCCGAGCAAGUCCUGGAGCGAGACGGCCCCAAUGAGCUGAAGCCCCCCAAGGGCACCCCGGAGUACGUCAAGUUUGCGCGGCAGCUGGCCGGCGGGCUACAGUGCCUGAUGUGGGUGGCGGCCGUCAUCUGCUUCAUCGCCUUUGGCAUCGAGCUGGGCAAAGGAGAGCCCUCCUGUUAUGACGAUUUGUAUUUGGCCAUCACACUGAUUGCUGUGGUGGUGGUGACUGGCUGCUUUGGAUACUACCAGGAGUUCAAGAGUACCAACAUCAUUGCCAGCUUCAAGAACCUAGUGCCACAGCAAGCUGUAGUGAUUCGAGAUGGUCAAAAGAAUCAGAUCAAUGCGAACAUGCUGGUGGUGGGGGAUCUGGUUGAGAUCAAAGGUGGAGAUCGAGUACCCGCCGACAUCCGCAUCAUCACAUCACACGGGUGCAAGGUAGACAACUCGUCGUUAACAGGGGAGUCUGAGCCUCAGACCAGGAGUCCUGAGUACACACAUGAGAGCCCCUUGGAGACGCGAAACAUCGCCUUCUUCUCCACCACCUGUCUGGAGGGAGUCGCCACGGGCGUCAUCAUCAACACGGGCGACAGGACGAUCAUCGGGCGCAUCGCCAGCCUGGCCUCGGGCGUGGGCAACGAGAAGACGCCCAUCGCCAUCGAGAUCGAGCACUUUGUGGACAUCAUCGCCGGCCUGGCCAUCUUCUUCGGCUUCACCUUCUUCGUGGUGGCCAUGUUCAUCGGCUACCAGUUCCUGGAGGCCAUGAUCUUCUUCAUGGCCAUUGUGGUGGCCUACGUGCCCGAGGGGCUGCUGGCCACUGUCACCGUGUGUCUGUCCCUGACGGCCAAGCGUCUGGCCAGGAAGAACUGUGUGGUGAAGAACCUGGAGGCCGUGGAGACGCUGGGCUCUACCUCUGUCAUCUGCUCCGACAAGACGGGCACGCUCACCCAGAACCGCAUGACCGUGGCCCACCUGUGGUUCGACAACAUGAUCCACGCCGCCGACACCACCGAGGACCAGUCAGGCCAAAGCUUUGACCAGUCUUCAGAAACAUGGCGAGCCCUGGCGAGAGUAGCUGGCCUGUGCAACAGAGCCACCUUCAGGCCCAACCAAGAGACUGUGCCCAUACCCAGGAGAACCGUUGUGGGUGACGCCUCCGAGACCGCUCUGCUGAAGUUUACAGAAUUGACCAUAGGCAAUAUAACAGACUACAGGAACAGAUUUAAGAAGGUCUGUGAAGUGCCCUUCAACUCCACCAACAAGUUUCAGCUGUCAGUGCAUGAGCUGGAUGACCCGCUUGACCUGCGCUACCUGCUGGUGAUGAAAGGCGCUCCUGAGAGGAUUCUGGAACGCUGCUCCACCAUUCUGAUCAAGGGCCAGGAGCUCCCCCUGGAUGAGCAGUGGAGAGAGGCCUUCCAGACAGCCUACAUGGACCUGGGGAGCCUGGGAGAGAGAGUACUGGGUUUCUGUCACCUGUACCUGAAUGAGAAGGAGUACCAGCGCGGCUUCAACUUCGACGCGGAUGAGAUGAACUUCACCACCUCUGGCCUCUGCUUCGCCGGCCUCAUCUCCAUGAUCGACCCGCCCCGUGCCACUGUGCCCGACGCCGUCAAGAAGUGCCGUACCGCUGGUAUUAGGGUAGUCAUGGUGACAGGAGAUCAUCCAAUCACUGCCAAGGCCAUUGCAGCCAACGUGGGCAUCAUAUCGGAGGGAAGUGAGACCGUGGAGGACAUUGCUGAGAGGCUGAGGAUCCCUGUGGAGCAGGUCAAUAAGAGGGAGGCGCGUGCGUGCGUGAUCAGCGGAGGUCAGCUGAAGGAGAUGGAGGAGGGCGAGCUGGACGAGGCUCUGAGGAACCAUCCGGAGAUGGUGUUCGCCCGCACCUCCCCCCAGCAGAAGCUCAUCAUCGUGGAGAGCUGCCAGCGCCUGGGCUCCAUCGUAGCCGUGACAGGGGACGGUGUGAACGACUCUCCCGCCCUGAAAAAGGCUGACAUCGGCGUUGCCAUGGGCAUCGCGGGCUCAGACGCUGCCAAGAAUGCGGCCGACAUGAUCUUGCUGGACGACAACUUUGCCUCCAUCGUGACAGGCGUGGAGCAGGGUCGUCUCAUCUUUGACAACUUGAAGAAGUCCAUCGCCUACACGCUGACCAAGAACAUUCCGGAGCUGACGCCCUAUCUGAUCUACAUCACUGUCAGUGUUCCUCUUCCUCUAGGCUGCAUCACUAUCCUCUUCAUUGAGCUGGCCACUGACAUUUUCCCCUCUGUCUCUCUGGCCUAUGAGAAAGCCGAGAGUGACAUCAUGAAUCUAAAACCCAGAAACCCACGCAGGGAUAGGCUGGUGAACGAGGCCUUGGCUGUCUACUCCUACUUUCAGAUUGGUGCAAUCCAGUCGUAUGCAGGCUUCACGGACUACUUUGCGGCCAUGGCCCAGGAGGGCUGGUACCCUCUGCUGUGUGUGGGACUCAGGUCCCAGUGGGAAGACGUGCAUCUGCAGGACCUGCAGGACAGCUACGGACAAGAAUGGACCUUCAGUCAGCGUCUCUACCAGGAGUAUACUUGCUACACCGUCUUUUUUGUCAGCAUUGAGAUUUGUCAGAUUUCCGACGUCCUGAUCAGAAAAACUCGACGUCUGUCUGUCUUCCAGCAAGGUUUCUUUAGAAACAAAGUCCUGGUGUCGGCCAUUGUUUUCCAGCUGUGCCUUGGCAACUUGCUCUGCUACUGCCCUGGCAUGCCCAACAUAUUCAACUUCAUGCCCAUUCGGGUGCAAUGGUGGUUUGUUCCGGUGCCUUACGGAAUCCUUAUCUUUGUCUAUGAUGAGAUCAGAAAACUUGGGGUCAGAAGACAUCCAGGAAGCUGGUGGGAUCAGGAGUUGUAUUACUAAAUAUUUUUUUUACCUUAUAAAUGCUAAGAUUUUCAUGGAACAUUAUCAUUUGAACAUUGGUCCCAAAAUAACUUGCACUCUGUCAAUAUCAAUUAUAAUAUGUAUGCCUACAAAUUCAUAUUAUGUAAUAGAGUCCAUGAAUUUUAACAUGGGAUAGCAUUGUGUGUGGGAACUCUGUGCUGUUUCUCUGAAGAUCAAGUGUGCUUUGUAAGCUAUAAGGUACAGAUUGUGCAUAGGGAUACUUUAAUCUUUAGACUAUUUCUUUGUCAUAGCUAAUGUAUGCUAUAGGCCUAUGUAGGCCUACUAUAUUUGUUGCUAUGUGUUAGGCUAUAUAUGAUUUCUCAUGUUCAACAUGAGUUUUGAGAGAAACAAACUGUUUUGUCAACUUUUGCAUGCCAAGCUGACUGGCCUAAACGGCAAUUACAUUUUACCAAAAGAAAUCUGGCCACAGUAAAUUAGUUCUGUGUUAAGAUAAGGAAUGUGGCUGCAUUCACAUGUAGGGGCCUGUAGGAUGUGAUGUAGGGCUCAAAGCAGGAAGCCCGCCAGGGGGCGCAAAUCGCAUUUGGUCAAGAAGAAAGAGUCUGUCUACCCGAGUGAUGCAUAGAUUCCAACUAUUAUACCAUUACGCUGGUAGAUGUCAGUCGUAUUGUCAUAUAUAGAAUGGUUUUCUUAAUAAAUUGUGUUAAUACAA